AUGAAGAGUAAUCCGCGCUGGGACGAGGUCGGCCGUGAGCGCAUGCGCCGUGAGAUGGAUUUUAAUGUGUUUGGGGUUGUUGAUCCCUCUUUCCCACCAAUUAUCAACUUUUCCAACGACCCUCGAUAUAAGUAUGACAACCGCUACGAGGAACAACACUCGAUGCUUAACGACGACAAAAUGGCGUUGGACACAAAAUGGCGGCUGCUGGCAUUGUUCGUUCUGUGUUUCGCUUUCCGUUUGGACAGAGUGACGUCGUCGCAGGAGGUUAUGAAGCAGCUGACGACCGGUUUCAUAAAAGCUCUGCAGAUUUGUAAGAAAGAGCUCAAUCUCGGUGACCACAUAAUGCAAGACUUCAUGAACUUCUGGCGGGAGGAGUAUGAGUUGGUGAACCGAGAGCUGGGCUGCGCCAUCAGCUGUAUCGCCCUCAAGCUGGACCUGAUAAGCGAAGACCUGAAGAUGCACCAUGGCAACGCGCAACAGUUCGCUAUCAAUCACGGCGCUGACGAAGAAAUGGCCAAACAACUUGUCACGAUGAUCCACGAGUGUGAAAAGGCCAACGAGGGUGGCAAUGACGACUGCAUGAGAGUACUGGAGAUCGCCAAGUGCUUCCGCACCAGAAUCCACGAAUUGAAAUGGGCACCAUCCAUGGAGGUCAUCCUUGAGGAGGUCAUGACUGAAGUC